AAAAAAAAAAAAAAAAGUGACUUUUCAGGGGCAGAGAAAAGGGAGAAGUAAACAGGAAAUUGUUUCGCAAUCUCCUCUCCUGCCACAAACCCCAAAAAAUCCCAGGAGAGGGAGAGGGAGAGAAGAUUUAUUCCCAUGCUCAUUCCCAGGUUUUUUUCCCUGGUUCAUUCCCAGAUUUGUUCAUUCCCAGAUUCAUUCCCAGGUUUUUUCCCUGGUUUAUUUCCAGAUUUGGAUAUCCCAGUUUUUUCCCAGGUUCCUUCCCAGGUUCAUUCCCAGAUUUAUUCCCACUUUCAUUCCCAGGUUUUUUCCCCAGGUUUGUUCAUUCCCAGGUUUGUCCCCAGAUUCAUUCCCAGGUUUGUUCAUUCCCAGUUUUUUAUCCCAGGUUUGUCCCCAGAUUCAUUCCCAGGGACAAUUCCACCAUCCCAGGCUGCUCCAAACCCCCUCUUGCCUCUUGGAUUUCCAGGGACCCAGGGGCAGCCCCAGCUGCUCUGGGAAUUCCAUCCCAGCCAGGAAUUCCUCUCCUGGAUCCAACAUCUGGGGCGUGGAGUGGUCACUGUGCUCCUGGACAUCCCAGAUGAGAUCAGCAGCUCCCAGAUAAUUAAUUGGAUCUUGGAUGGAAGCUCUGGAGGGGGCUGGGAACAGCUGGAGCUCUUCCCUGCUGAUCCAUUUUUUUUGGUUGGUUUAUUCUGUUUGUGGGGCUUCUUUUUUCUCUUUUUUCUCUUUUUUUUUUUUUUUUUUUUAUUCCAAAGACCGAAAUCAAAUCAAACAAAAACCCCAAGCCAUUAUUUGAAUAAUUGGAGCUCGGUGCUGCUGGUUUAAAGGGAUUUAACUCCAACCUAAAAGCCUGGAGUGCUGCAAUUUCCUGAUUAAUUCUUCCCAAUGAAAACAGGGAUAAAGCCUCUCCUGGCCUCGCCCCUGCUCUCCCUGUGAACAUUCCAAACUCUUCUGAAGUUGACUUAAAUCCCACCAAGGGAUUCCCAAGGCACAUUCCCGUGUCCUGUUUGUCAUUCCACCCAUCCCAAUGGAAGAUUCUCCAUCAGAGUGAUCCCAAAUUCCUUCCCCACCCACCCCCACCACCCCAUUAUUCCAUUUUCCUCUUGUUUUUCCCCUUUCCUGGGCAAUAAAAACCUUUUAUCCCAACCUGGCCUCUUGGGAACAUCCCAUUAUUCCAUUAUUUAUAUGUUUGGAAUGAACCCUUGAGUCCAUCCCUCCUUUUUUUUUUUCCUCCCUUAAUAAGCUUUUAAUCCAUGCUGGAAGUUCAACAAUCCCCCCCUUGGCUCCAGAAUUUCCUUAAAAGCCUCUUGGAUGGCCUUGAUCCAAAAACCCUCAGGAAAAUGGAAUAACUGCUCUCCAUUAGCCACAAAUUUGUGGAUUGAACACAAAACCAAGGGAUUUAUUUCCUCACCCCCAUGUUUAUUUGAAGGGUUUUAAUUCUGCUUUUAAUUAUGAUUUCAAUUUUAUUAACACACAGCCACAGCUCCUAAAUGGAAUUUGCAAAUGUGCUCAGGUAAACCAUUUAUUCCAUGGGAAAAAAAAAAAAAAAAAAAAAAAAAAAGGCACAUUUGGGAUUAAUUAUGACUGGUGCCAAAUUGGCCAUUAAUGAAGCUUUAGGAUUAAUUAGAACCAGGUGCAAAUUUUUUUUUUUUUUUUUUUUCACAGGAAGGGCAGAAAACAGUGCAGAAAAUCCCUUUUUUUUUAGUAAAAAAUGUGUUUAUUCCUGCAGCUCCCAUAUGGAACAUCCCUUUCCAACAAUAUUUCAGGAUUAAGGGUAAUUUUCACCUCCCUCUCCACGUUGUGUUAAUGGAUUUCCAGGGAAAACUCCAAUAGCAACCAGGCAGAGUUGCCUCAUUCCAGCCCCUUUUGCUUCCAACAAAAGCCAUGGAAUUAAUAAAGAAUUUGGGAACGACUCCAGCCUUUCCCUCCUUCCCUACAAGCAGAAAAAAGGUUGUUGAUCCCAUUUUCCAGCUGAGGCUUUCCAGGAUGGAGAGCAAGGAAUAUUCCCAAGGUGACUCCUUUGAUUUUUCCAGUGGAAAAAACUCCAGGGGCUUGAUCUGAUCCCAAAUCCCAGGACAUUGCUUUGUCCCUGCUCAUCUUGGAUUAAAAUUCCCUUUCCAACAAUUCCCAGUUUUUGCUGGGACAUCUCUUGCUGAAAUUGGGAUGGGGUUGAGCUGGAGAAUUUUUCCAUGGAUUAAGGAGGAGUCAGGUUACUGCUGGCUUUCCAAAAGGCAGGAAAUGUUGGGAGGAGCCCAGAUAUUUUGGAAAAACCUGGCUGGGCUCCUGGCACAUCCGAGGGGAAAAUCCCAGGGAAUGAUUUUUCAUGGGACAGAACCACAGUGCUCGUUUUCCUGGCAUCCCUCUCCAGUGGGGGCCUGGAUGUGGAACACCAGAAUUCCAUGAUCUUGGAGUAUGGAUCCAGAUUCUCUUGUGGGUGUGUGGGUGUGGAUGUGGAACACCAGAAUUCCAUGAUCUUGGAGUAUGGAUCCUGACCCACACAUGGAUGUGUUGGUGUGGAUAUGGAACUCCAGAAUGUCAUGAUUUUGGAGCAGGAUCCAGACCCACAUGUGCAUGUGGAUGUGGAACACCCAAAUUCCAUUAUUUUGGAGCAGAAUCCAGACUCACAUGUGGAUGUGGGACACCAGAAUUCCAUGAUUUUGGAGCAUGGAUCCAAGACCUACAUCUGGGUGUGUAGGUGUGGAUGUAGAACACCAGAAUUCCAUGAUCUUGGAGCAGAAUCCAGACCCACACAUGGAUGUGUUGGUGUGGAUAUGGAACUCCAGAAUUCCAUUAUUUUGGAGCAUGGGUCCAGAUCCACAUGUGGAUAUGGAUGUGGAACACCAGAAUUCCGUGAUCUUGGAGCAGAAUCCAGACCCACACAUGGGUGCAUAGCUGUGGAUGUGGAGUACCAGAAUUCCAUGAUUUUGGAGCAUGGAUCCAGACUCAUGUGGGUGUGGAUAUGAAAUACCAGAAUUCCACGAUUUUGGAGCGUGGAUCCAGACCCACAUUUGGUUGUGGAACACCAGAAUUCCACGAUUUUGGAGCGUGGAUCCAGACCCACAUUUGAUAGUGGAUCACCAGAAUUCCACGAUUUUGGAGCAUGGAUCCAGACUUACAUGUGGAUAUGGAGCUCCAGAAUUCCAUGAUUUUGAAGCAGAAUCCAGACUCACAUGUGGGUGUGGAAAACCAGAAUUCCACGAUUUUGGAGCGUGGAUCCAGACCCACAUUUGGUAGUGGAUCACCAGAAUUCCACGAUUUUGGAGCAGGAUUCAGACUCUUUUUUGGUUGUGGAUGUGGAACACCAGAAUUCCACGAUUUUGGAGCGUGGAUCCAGACCCACAUUUGAUUGUGGAUCACCAGAAUUCCAUGAUUUUGGAGCGUGGAUCCAGACCCAAACCUUCUCCUUUGUUUCCAGGUCCCAUUGUGCGAGGCCAACUCUCCAGGCAGCUCUCCAGGCACUGCAGCCUUCCAGGAAGCUCCUGGCUCAGCCUUCCCGUUCCCGAGCCUUUGGAACCAGAGCAGAACCCCAAAAAACCCAUGUCCUCUUCUGAGCCCAUCCUGGACCUCAAGGGAGACACGGAGGAAGCACUUCCAGCCCUGGAGGAACCAAAGCAGAGCCCCAGGACGAGGCAGGACCCUCCUGACUCCGGCAACUCCGGACCCCCCACCCCAGCUCCACCCCCGGCCGAGCCCACCCCUGGCAGGGACACUGAGGAGGAGGAUCCCAGCCCCACCAACUCCCUGCCAUGGCCAGAAGCUCCUGAGGAACUCCCAGCCCGCCCCAACACCCUGGACUUCUCCAAGUCGCUGAAGAAGCUGGAGGAGGUGAAGCAGGCGGGGCAGCGGCGGGGCAGCGAGCGGGCAGCGGUCAAGGAGAACGGCCUGGGGGUCACUGUGGCCACCAGCACGGCCACCAGCACGGCCAGCAGCACGGCCACCAGCGAGGAGCACCGAGCCCUGCAGUCAGAGCUGGGCAAGUGCAUCGAGGAAUUCCGCAGGAUCAAGAUCCCCGUCGCUUUUCCCAACAAGAAGAGGCAGUGGCAGAGCGAGCUGUUAAAGAAGUACCAGCUGUGAGAGGGGGUCCCACGGCAGGGAAUGAGGUUCUCCAGCUGUUCCAGCUGUGGCACAGCUGUGGCUGCCACGAGGAGGAGCAGAGGCGGCUCCUGAAGCCCAUGCAGAUGUUGGAAGGGUCUCAAGCCUGUUCCAUCGAGGGGAUGCUCCGUGUCCUCAGAGGCACAGGCACAGCUGGAGGGAGCAGGAAGAGGAAGGAUGGCCAGGGUGAUGGUCAGGACCAGCAGAAAUUCCCACAUUUCUGAAUUUCCCUGGCGUUUCCAACAAUAAAAUCGAGUUUGUGUCCAAAAUGAGCUCCAGUCUCAAAGAUAUGGGAAUUAGGAAUAACAGUUCUUUACCAGGAAAAUUAAAAUAGCAAUGCAGUAUUACACAGAACAAUCCCAACCCUGCCAGAGUCAGAAUCCAAGCUGACACCCGUCAGUCAGUCAGGGUGUUGGCACAGUCCCAUUCAAUGGUGGCUGCAUCCUCCUGCAGGGGCAGAUGUGGUUCAGCUGGAGCAGUGCUCCUGGAGAAGGUGCAGUUUCCUCUGAAGCUCCAGGGAUGAUGUGGAAAGGUCUGGUUUUCCUCUGGA